AUGGACACAGCGUUGAAAUGGAUUGUAACUUUCUUCAAGUUAUACUUUUACUUCAUUCUACUUCUCAUCAAUAAUGUCUAUGAGUUCUUCGUCAGAAUAUUUUGUGGUCAUACUCCAGCUGGAAAAAUCCGUUUGAGAAAGAUUCUUCUCCGAUAUAGAAUAGAUCCUGAAGAAAUAUCUCGAACUGAAGACUUCCUAUUGAGUCCUGGAAUUUUCGUCGAGCCGGCUAGCUUAGAUCAUCCUAACUGGCAUAUCUAUUGUAUCGAUGAGAACUUGGUCACUUUUGUCUAUCUGAAGUCGUCUAUCGACAAAUACAGCAUCGCCCAUUAUCCAUUUAUGUACGAACACAUGAAUGCUGAUACAGUUCAAGUGGCACAACUUAGCCAUGACGACUUUAUCAAAUUGGCAAAUACUUUCGAACAGAAGUCUCAACCGAAAACCGUUCUUUUCACCAACACAGCAAGAUGUGGCUCAACACUGAUGGCAAAAAUGCUUCAUCACCCUGGUAAAUCGAUAUGCUAUGGAGAGCCUCAUUGCCUUGCCAACCUGGCCAUUAUGGAUAAUGCCAACAUAUUAUCACCUGAGGUUAUUUCACUCUUGAGCCGGAAAAAACCAAACGAAUAA